UGUCUCAUUCCCCAAGGAUUAUGGUUCACUUCAAUAAAUAAAUUUGGUUUUCAUCAAGAUGCUGCGGGUCAAUGUUGAGUCCGCCAGUGGGAUCCCCAAAAAGAAACUUGGAAACCCUGAUCCAAUAACUUCUAUUAUCUUCAGAGGUGAAAAGAAGAAAACCAAAACAAUUGACAAUGAACUGAAUCCUGUAUGGAAUGAAGUGCUUGAAUUUGACCUGAAAGGCUCUCCCUUGGAUGCAUCCUCAUUCAUCGAUGUUGUGGUGAAAGACUAUGAAACAAUUGGCAAACACAAGUUCAUAGGCUCAGCAAAAAUCUUUCUGAGAGACCUGGCCAGUGGUAACGCGAGGUCCCUCCCAUUCAAGAAUGUGCCCUUGAUUAAUGAGAAACAACAGGCCAUUGGGGCAACCAUUAAUUUGAUCAUUGGGUAUGAGCCACCAGCCAGCAGCACUCCAAACUUAAAUAAUCAGCCUAAUGGAGACAUGACUCAGGUGGACGCUGGAGACAAUGAGGAGGGUGAGGAGGGGGAGGCAGAAGUGGAUGCAGGGGGUCAGGAUGGAAGUCCAGGAGCAGCUGCCUCACCAAACCACCCUGGGAAACCCAGCCACAAGCCAAUCCGUCUUAGCCGUAAGAGGCAUAGAGCCCUGGCUAAUAAGCCCCAGGACUUCCAGAUUCGUGUUCGUGUUAUCGAGGGUCGACAGCUGCCUGGCAACAACAUCAAACCAGUGGUGAAAGUGAAUGUUUGUGGACAGACCCACAGGACUAGAAUCAGAAGAGGAAAUAACCCAUUCUUUGAUGAGAUGUUUUUCUACAACGUUAACAUGCUCCCAUCAGAGCUGUUUGAUGAGAGCAUUAGUCUUAGGGUUUAUGACUCCUUCUCCCUCAGAGCAGACAGUCUGAUAGGCGAGUUCAAGUUGGAUGUUGGCUAUAUCUAUGAUGAACCUGGUCACGCCAUAAUGAGGAAGUGGCUCCUCCUGAGUGAUCCCGAUGACUCUACCUCAGGAGCCCGAGGUUACCUUAAAGUCACCAUAAUUGUUGUGGCAACUGGGGAUGACCCACCGAGUGAAAGGAGAGAGAUAAGUGAGGAGCAGGACGACAUAGAGAGUAACCUUUUGGUGCCAGCUGGUAUCACAAUGCGGGGGGCCACACUCAGCAUCAAAGUCUACCGUGCUGAGGAUAUGCCACAAAUGGACGAUGCCUUUGUUCAGACAGUAAAACAGGUCUUUGGAGGGGAUGGAGACAGGAAAAACUUGGUGGAUCCAUAUUUGGAAAUCAGUUUUGCUGGGAAAAAGCUGUGCACCAAAAUCAUUGAGAGAAAUGCAAAUCCAGAGUGGAAUCAAGUCGUCAAUCUCCAAGUCAAGUUCCCUUCAAUGUGUGACCGCAUCAAGUUGACUAUGUAUGACUGGGAUCGUCUAACCAAGAAUGAUGCCAUAGGAACAACUUUUUUAGAUCUGAGCAAAAUAUCCUCUCCUGGAGGAGAGAUUGAUGACACACAGGGUGAAAAUGGCAACAUGUCUGAAACGAGCAGUGCAGCGUCUCAGGUUGGUUUUCUCCCAGCUUUUGGGCCUUGCUAUGUCAACCUGUAUGGCAGCCCAAGAGAAUUUACUGGCCUCCUUGAUCCAUAUGAGGAACUCAACUUUGGCAAGGCGGAAGGGGUGGCUUACAGGGGGAGGGUCCUUGUUGAACUGUCCACUGAGCUGGAUGGGAAGGUUGAUAAGAACGUAGAUGAGAUCUCCAGUGAUGACAUCCUGGUGGCACAGAAAUACCAGCGGAGGAGGAAGUACUCUCUCUGCACUGUGUUCCAUAGUGCGUGCAUGCUCCAAGAGCCAGGCGAGCCAAUCCAGUUCGAGGUCAGCAUUGGUAACUAUGGUAACAAGUUGGACUCCACCUGCAAGCCACUGGCAUCUACAACCCAAUACAGCUUUGCUGUGUUUGAUGGUAAUCACUACUAUUACCUGCCCUGGGCUGACACGAAGCCUGUAGUUAUCCUGACUUCAUACUGGGAAGACAUCAGCUACCGUCUGGACUCUGUCAAUGUUCUCCUCUGUAUCACUGAGAGACUGGAGUCCCAUCUCACCUCUUUAAAAACAGCCAUCUUAGCCAAGUUGUCUCACACACGUCUGGCAGAGAUUUGGCUCAAACUCAUCAACCACAUGAUUGAGGACAUUAACAAUUUCCAGCUUCCAUUGCUGGAGGGGCAGCCCAACGUGACUGCACUGGAUCUCCAAAUAAAAAGCCUGCGUGAUGCCGCUUUGGAGAGUCUCAGCCAGAUGGCCAGUCGCAUGAGAGAAGAGGCUACAGAUGUCAGAGAUACCAUCAGUGACAUUGAAGACUGGUUGGACAGAAUCAAGCAGCUAGCAAUGGAGCCUCAGAACAGCAUGCCAGAUGUGAUCAUCUGGAUGCUGAGGGGAGAGAAGCGUGUGGCUUUUGCCCGAGUCCCAGCAAACCAGAUUCUGUAUUCCAACUUCAGUGAACAAGCCUGUGGUAAACACUGUGGAAAGACUCAAACCAUCUUCAUGCAGUACCCAAUGGACAAAAACAAAGGUCUGAAGAUUCCUGUUCAGCUGCGGGUCAGCAUGUGGCUUGGUCUCUCUACCUAUGAGAAGAAGUUCAACAGCUUCUCAGAGGGAAACUUCAGUGUAUAUGCUGAAAUGUACGAGAACCAGGCCCAGGUUUUUGGGAAGUGGGGAACCACUGGUCUGGUUGGCCGCCACAAGUUCUCAGAUGUGACUGGGAAAGUGAAACUCAAACGAGAACGCUUUCUGCCACCCCGUGGAUGGGAGUGGGAGGAAGACUGGUUUGUGGACCCUGAGCGAUGCCUGUUGACAGAAGCAGAUGCGGGCCACACCGAGUUCACAGAUGAAGUUUUUCAGAAUGAAACACGUUUCCCUGGUGGGGAUUGGAAGCCUGCUGAAGAGCAAUACACGGAUGUGAAUGGAGAACAGGCACAAAGCCCAGGAGACUUUGAGACUCCAUCAGGAUGGGCCUGGGAGGAUGAAUGGAGUUUUGACAGCAACAGAGCUGUAGAUGAGAAUGGUUGGGAAUAUGGGGUUACCAUUCCUCCGGAUGAUAAGCCCAAAUCCUGGGUUGCAGCAGAAAAGAUGUACCAUGUCCACCGCAGGAGGAGGCUCAUAAGACCGAGGAAGAAGACAUCUGAUAAAAUGGUUGCUGUUGAGAGGCGAGAUGCAGGGGAAGGCUGGGAAUUCUCUUCCCUGAUUGGCUGGAAGUUCCACAGGAAGGAACGCACCUCUGACACAUUCCGCCGUCGCCGUUGGAGAAGAAAGAUGGUCCCAUCUGACUGCAUCGGGGCCUCUGCCAUUUUCAGACUGGAAGGAGCAUUAGGGGUUGAUGUUGACGAAAAGGCCAGUAAAACUGGUGCAGCCAAGCGAUUUGGUGCCAACACACCCACUGUUUCCUGCCACUUUAACCGGUCUUACAUUUACCAUCUGAGAGUGUACGUGUAUCAGGCGAGAAAUCUCUGUGCCAUGGACAAAGACAGUUUCUCAGAUCCUUAUGCCCACGUGUCAUUCCUGUACAUGAGUAAGACCACAGAAGUCAUAAGGAUGACUCUGAACCCUACAUGGGAUCAGACACUCAUCUUUGAGGACAUUGAGAUCCAUGGAGACCCACAGACCAUUGCCCGCAGUCCUCCUGAUGUAGUCUUGGAGCUGUAUGACAGCGAUCAAGUGGGUAAAGAUGAGCCCAUGGGUUGCUGUACAUGCCCCCCAGUAGUGAAACUGAACCCCAGUGUGGCUGUCAGCCCAAAGCUGCUGUGGUUCCCAGUCACCAAAAAAGGUCGCAAUGCAGGAGAAGUACUGCUGGCUGCUGAGCUUCUACUGAAGGACAAGGUGAAUGAGGGAGAUUUGCCCCUGGUCCCUCCUCGGCGGGGGGAGAACCUCUACAUGGUUCCCCAGGGAAUCAGGCCUGUAGUGCAGCUUACUGCGAUUGAGGUCUUGACUUGGGGAUUGAGGAACAUGAAGACUUACCAGUUGGCCACAGUUUCCUCUCCCAGUUUGAUAGUGGAAUGUGGUGGUGAGAUUGUUCAAACUGCCAUUAUCAAGAACUUCAAAAAGAACCCCAACUUCCCCGGAUCUGUGCUGCUACUCAAAGUGCUUCUUCCUAAAGAGGAGAUGUACACCCCUCCUAUUGUUCUGAAAGUAAUCGACCACCGACCCUUCGGUAGGAAACCUGUAGUGGGUCAAUGUACAAUCGAUUGCCUGGAGGAGUUCCGCUGUGACCCGUAUCGCAUUAAUGAUGAAUCCUGCAUGUCUGCUAGAGUGGCAAUGAUAACAGCUGCACAGGGAGAUGUUGUCAUAGACAUUGAGAAGAGUCCAAUCGUGACAACUGAGGCUCAAGCUGAAAAGGAAGAGGAUACAGUAGACUGGUGGAGUAAGUUCUAUGCCUCUGUGGGAGAGCAAGAGAAGUGUGGGCCGUACCUGAAAAAGGGAUAUGACACAUUACAAGUUUUUAACAGCGAACUAGAAGAGGUUGGCCAAUUCAAAGGACUCACUGACUUCUGCAGCACUUUCAAACUACAGCGAGGAAAGACUGAUGAUGGAGAAGAUGAUCCUUCGGUGGUGGGAGAGUUCAAGGGCUCGUUCAAGAUUUACCCACUGUCUGAUGACCCAGGGGUGUCGACUCCACCACGCCAGUUCAGAGAGCUUCCUGAGAGUGGACCUCAGGAAUGUCUGGUCAGACUUUAUGUGGUGCGCUGUUUUGACCUGCAGCCUAAGGAUACAAAUGGCAUGUGUGACCCAUACAUCAAGAUUACACUGGGCAGGAAAACAGUGGAUGACAGAGAUAAUUACAAACCAAACACCCUCCAUCCAGAGUUUGGGAGGAUGUUUGAGCUGUCCUGCUUCCUGCCUCAUGACAAGGAUCUGAAGAUUUCUGUGUAUGACUACGACUUACUGAGCAGGGAUGAAAAAGUGGGUGAGACAAUCAUCGAUUUGGAGAACAGACUUCUGUCCCGUUUCAGGUCCUGCUGCGGCCUGCCUCAAACAUACUGCGUCUCAGGAAUUAAUCAAUGGAGAGACCAGCUGAAGCCCUCUCAGAUCCUCCAGAAUGUGGCCAGGGUGAAAGGCAUCCCUCCUCCAAACAUAGAAGGAGAUGGCAGCUCACUGUCUUUCUCAGGAAAACUAUACAACCUGCAAGAUUUUGAGGCAAACACUGUGAUCCACCCACACUUGGGACCAGCGAGAGAGAGACUGGCCCUGCAUGUUCUCAGAGACCAAGGCUUGGUAUCUGAGCAUGUUGAGACCAGAACUUUGCACAGUUCCCACCAACCCAACUUGUCCCAGGGACAAAUUCAAAUGUGGGUGGACAUCUUCCCCAAGAACCUUGGUUUGCCAGGGCCUCCAUGUGAUAUCACUCCACGCAAAGCCAAGAAGUAUUUCUUGAGGGGCAUCAUUUGGAACACAACUGACGUCAUUCUGGACGAAACAAGCAUCACUGGAGAAAACAUGAGUGACAUCUAUGUCAAAGGGUGGAUGCCAGGAAUGGAGGAGGACAAGCAGAAAACUGAUGUUCAUUACAGGUCCCUGGAUGGUGAUGGAAAUUUCAACUGGAGGUUCAUCUUUGGGUUUGAGUACCUGCCUGCAGAACAGCUGUGUGUUGUCUCAAGAAAAGAACACUUUUGGAAUCUGGACAAAACUGAAUUUCGAAUUCCUCCCAAGUUGAUUGUCCAGAUAUGGGACAAUGACAAAUUCUCUCUGGAUGACUACUUAGGCUCAGUUGAGCUGGACUUACUCAAUCUGAUCCCUCCUGCUAAGUCCCCAGAAAAGUGCAACUUGAAGAUGUUGCCAGGAAUGGGGGGCUCAAUCUCCUCCAAGAAACCACAGCCCAACUCACUCUUCUCCCAGAAGUCUGUACGAGGCUGGUGGCCAUGUGCCAUCGAGCAGGAUGGGAAACACGUGCUUGGUGGGAAAGUGGAGAUGACCCUGGAAAUAGUGGAGGAGAAGGAGAUGGAAGAGAGACCAGCUGGGAAAGGCAGAGAUGAGCCCAACAUGAAUCCCAAACUGGACCCACCAAACCGCCCAGACACAUCAUUCUUCUGGUUUACAAACCCUUGCAAGACCAUGAAGUUCAUAGUUUGGCGCAGAUUCAAAUGGAUUUUCAUCUUGUCGAUUGUUCUUCUGCUGGUUCUGUUGUUCUUGGGGAUCCUGCUCUACUCUCUACCCAACUACAUCUCAAUGAAGAUUGUGAAGCCUUUCUCCUAAGAAGUAUUACAGGGAAGCUGUCUGUCCUCCUACUGCAGAAUCUACAGUCCUCUUAACUGUUACUGUCCCUCAGAAAUAUACAAUAAUUUCUCUACUGAUACCAGAUCAGACUGGGACUCAGCAUUUUCCUCUCACAUAAUCAGAGCUGCUUUUAUUAUUAGUUUUAUUCUUUUUUGCACUGCCAGUAUUAUUUGUAUCUCUUGAAUAUCAAUGUAUUUCUCAUAUCUUUGAAUUAAAGCAAAAAUCAAGAAUGUUAAGAUAUUUUAAUAAAGUUUGUUAUUGUUA